AUGAGGGCGCUGCCGCCGCGCUGGGCGGCCCUGGCUGUGCGAGCGGCGGGCGGGCAGUGGGCGCCGCCCGUGCCCCGCCGCGGUCGCAGCGGCCCCGGCCCGCCGCGGGAGUGGGCGCUGUCGGUGAGCCCGCGGGGGCGGCUGCGGGUGCGGCUGCCGUGCCAGGUGAGCGUCCGCCCGCUAGACCCGCAGCGCUGCCCGGGCGCGGACCGGGUGCUGGUGGCCGUGAGCGGCGGCAGCCCCGGGCGGGAGCGGGAGCGGAACCCGGUGCGGGUGGAGCACGACGAGGCGCUGGGGCAGGUGGCGAUCGUGGCCGACGGCGUGGACAGCAAGACCGCCGUGGACAUCCGGACGCCGGUGAUGUUCGAUUUGGAUAUCAAAACAUCAGGGACUGGCUGUGUGAAGAUUCAGAAAAUAGAAUGUGAUAACUGCAAAAUAGAAACAGAGAAGGGGACGAGUGUCUUGCAGUCAAUAAAGAGCCAUAAAAUUGAUAUAAGGACAAAUGGUGGCAAAGUAAUUGGUCUUGGAACACUUUAUGGCAAUACGGAUAUUUGUGCAACAGAAAAGGGGAGUGUAAAUAUAGAGAAGCUGCAGGGGACAACCAUCAAUAUAUCCACUGAAGAUGGGCUGCUGAAAACUAAAUAUCUCUAUGCAGAAUCAGCAUCUCUCUCCUCAGAAUCUGGUGAUAUUAUGCUGGGAAGUGUUCAUGGUAAUACCAACCUUCAGACCAAAAGAGGGAGUAUCACAGUAGAUUCAUCAGAUGGAAGUCUAAAAGCUUCUACAUAUCAUGGGACAAUAGAUGUUUAUGUCAGUCAAUUAAGAAAAGUGGAUCUGAAAUCCCAGAAAGGUUCAAUUACAGUCAAGGUACCUGCAUCUCUCAAAGCCUAUUUAGAGCUGUCUGGAAGAAAAGUGGAUGUAAGCUCAGAGAUCCAGUUAAAAGAAACACAGAGUGCCUCCAAAGAUGAUCAUGUAACUCUAAGUGGUCACAUGAAUCAAAGGGAUGAAACAGACAAAUGGAUUAAGGCUGACACACAAAAUGGCAAAGUGUGUCUUAAAAGCCAAAGCUGGAUCCAGUCUGUCAAGCUGAAGAGUUCUUAAAGGUGAAAUAGGCCAAAGAAAUUAAAUCAAGAAACUACAAAGGAACAUUUCUGUAAAAUUAUGAAAACUUUUGGAUGAAUAUUCUUAAUAUAAAAGAGAAACUAUUAAAAAUGAGAGAAUUUUAACCCAAGAUUUGCCUGUGACAGUGCUGGUGCUAAACAGUCUGGUUUACGUUUAGUGCCUUUUAGGAACAGGAUGAUCUUACAUAUUCAGAAUUCAUAUAAUUUGACCCACUUACCAUAGCAGUUUAAAAGCUGAUAGCUUUCAAACAGAAAUUUGGAGUUGUUUUUUAAAAAUGUAAAAAAGCAUGUUCAACACUUCCAAGAUGCCAUACUUUGCAAGCUCUGUUGUACUUUUAAAUUAAAUGUCUCAAUACUGUGGGAAUUCUGCUGGUUCAUGCAAAAUGCAGAGAAUUUUCUUCCUCCAAAUUGUAUCAUGGAUAGGAAAAAAUCACUUUCAGUGUGGUUCUUAUGUGGUCUUCUCAUUUGGUGUUUGAGCCCUGAGCAGUUUCUGCCUGGCUGAUGGGUACUCUCUGUGUAAAAAUACUUCUGUGAAAUGACAGCACUUGCUCUGUGUCAUCCUGAGCCUCUGGUUUGUGGAUAGAAAGAAGAGCUCCAGCUCUGUCUACCACUGCUCACCUGCAAAGAAAAGCUUUUAAGAGAAAUAAAAGUACCAUGGAUCUGGCUGAUUUCAAGGAGGAGCACUCUUCCAACUGGACUUAGGGGAGAGUCCACCUGAGCAUUCCCCUAAGGAGAAGCUGCCCUAGAAGGGAAAUGU